AGUUAUUUGGGCCUUGAGAUAUUGGGCUUUAUCAAUGGUGGAAACACGUGAUGUGGUACAUCAUUCCCUAGAUGUCACUAGAGUACGUAAAUAAGGGUUUGAAGGCGAUACCGGAGAGGCUAGUUCUUUGUGAGUAUCAAUUUGCAUUGUUCCAAGAGUUGUGUGUAAGUUGCGCCGUCAAAAUGCAUGCUAUGAAAACGAGAUAUAGAAGCUACAAGGAGAGAGUUGUGAACCACAAAAAGUGGCCAAGUGAAGGGUCUGCUUCAGGUCAUGCGCGUGUUAAGCUGCCCCCAGGAGUACCAUCUUUCACACAUAUCACCCGGAAUGAUUUUGGGGGCCGAAAGAACAAGAAGUUGAAAACCGUGGAUAUUGCUGUAUGUGUCUGUAAAUGGGAUGCAAGUCUUCCAAAUAGUGCAUGUGUGAAGAGCUGCCUUAAUGUUAUGUCAAGUAUAGAGUGCACACCUGGCUACUGCCCAUGUGGGGACAUGUGCCAAAAUCAGAAAUUUCAGAAAUUACUCUAUGCCAAGACAAAGUUGUUCCAAACAGCAGACCGUGGUUGGGGUAUGUUGGCUGAUGAAAAUAUUAAGGCUGGACAAUUCAUAAUCGAAUACUGCGGAGAAGUUAUAUCAUCUGUUGAAGCAAAGUCAAGGUCACUAUCCUAUGAAGCUGAAGGUGUCAAAGGUGCUUACAUCUUUUCUCUCAAUACCAAUUUCCAUAUUGAUGCCACCAAAAAAGGAAGUCUUGGCAGGUUUAUAAAUCACUCCUGCGAACCUAACUGUGAGACGAGGAAGCUGAAUGUUUUAGGGGAAAUCAGAGUUGGUAUUUUCGCAAAGAAAAAUAUUACCAUUGGUACUGAACUUGUUUAUGACUAUAAAUUUGAAUGGUAUGGUGGAGAAAACGUACGAUGCUUGUGCGGUGCAUCCACCUGUUCAAAAUUUCUUGGGGCAAAAUCUGCUGCUUUCUUGGAGAACAACCAUGUAUGGGUAGAAGGUGAUCUUAGAUACAAAGUUGAAGAAGUCCCUUUGUAUGAUUCCGCAGAGGAUGAGAAACCAGAUCAUCCAGGCAAUAUCAAGAAUGAUUUAUCUGUACCUGCUGCUAUCAGUAACAUUACGACUGAUUCAGCUUCAAAAGCUGCAGCAGCUUCGAGCUGUGUGGAAUUUGAACUUGCGGCUAAUGGUUACACCUUCAAUGCACAAGGUUCUGCUCCUAAGAAAAGAUCACAACAAAAUGGUAAGAGUACAUCAAAAGGUUCAAGUGCAAAACGCAAUGCCAAGCCGUUUGCAUCAAAGAUAGCUCAAGAAGAAGUCUUGAAGUUUGAGGAGAACAGCCUUGAAGAAGGUAAUCAUAGAUACAAAGUUGAAGAAAUCCCUUUGUAUGAGUCCGCAGAGGAUGAUAAACCAGAUCACAUGGGCAAUAUGAAGAUAGAUAUGAUUGCUUACACCUUGAAUGCACAAGGUUCGGUUUCUAAGAGAAGAGCACAACAAAAGGGUAAGAAGAGUACAUCAGAAGGUUCAAGCGCAGAGCAAGUUGAUGGUAAACGCAUUGCCAAGCUGUUUGCAUCAAAGGAAGCUCAAAACGAAAUCUUGAAGUGUGAGGGAGAAAGAAGUGAAGCUGACUCUAAGCUGAACUCUGUUUACGACGAGAUUCGUCCAGCCAUUGAAGAACAUAACCAGGACAACCAAGAUAAGGUGGAUGACAGCAUGGCCAAGAAGUGGAUAGAAGCCCAUUGUGCCAAAAUGAAGGCAGACUUCAACUUUCAUUUCUCGGUGGUGAAGAAUUCAUUAUUCGCUCCUCCAAACGGAACAUCGAAGCCUGCCAAUGAUCCUAGUAAUUCAUAAAAUUCAAUUGUCAGGUAUGGCAUAUCAUUAUAUCAUGGAUUUAUUUUAAUUUUUGUGGAAACUAAUUUUUUAUUUGAAAGAUCCAGUGAUCUUAGAGAAGUUUUGUUAGACACUCCCCUUACAAUGAACAUGAGAUUUACUGCCUGCAUUCUUUAUCUGGAGUUUUGGGUCUGGAUUUUGAAGUGAAAAUAUGGAUAAACUUUAUAAUAAAUUUUUUUUUUUCAAGUAUUAUU